AUGCUUCGUCGUAAUCUAACUUGUCUAGAACUUCGUCAAGACGAUAUUGACAGUAUUGAACGACUUCGUGAAGAAUACCAAAAGAACCUUGCAACUAAAAGAACUCAAGAAAUUGGCAAGGGAAAACGAAAAAGUGUAGAGCUAGAAGGAAUGGGUGAUGGAAUGGAUGUCAACGAUAGUGUUGAAGUUGAUGGCGAAUUAAUGUUGACUGAAGAACAAAAUUUGCAACAGCAGACUUCAAAUGUAGCUGAAAGAUCCCAAAGUCCAAUUGUAGGGUCUGAAAUAACAAAAAACAAGAGAAAAAACAUGACAAUAGCUGAAAGAAUUGGUCUUUGA